AUGGGUAGUGCCUACCACUGGGAGGCUCGGCGUCGGCAGAUGGCUUUGGAGCGGAGGAAGGCACUGAUGGCACAGCAGGAGCAGGAGCAGGAAGAGAAGAAACAGGAGGAGAAGAAACAGCAUUCUGAGAAAAAAUCUCAGCCACAUCAGGAUUCUAAGAGGCCUCAGGAUUCAAAAGGGCCUCCUCCGCCACCUGCAAAGCAGCAGCUACAGGAGCGGGCAGACCCACAGCCACCACCUGGGCCAAAGCCACCGAAGGAGCAAGACCCUCCCCCACAGAGCACCUUCAAGGAUGACCUACAGAAGGGCACCCAAAGGCAAGGCCCCAGCCAGCCUCAGCCAGCGGGGGCCCAAAAAGAUGGACAGCAAUCCUGUAGAACACGUGGACCCCCAAUCCUUCCAGGUCCUGGUCCCGCGAGUGCAUGCCAGGCUAGCCCUUCUACAUAUUCCCGACUCACGUCGACUAAUUACAUCCAGCAGUGGUGA